GUGGGUUCCUUCCAACUCAGCACAUUCUGUGGCUCUGUGUAAGCUAAAUGCUUUUUUAAGCAUAGAAUGUGUCUGUCAUACAUAAAGUACAUACAAUAUUCUUAAAUAUCCUUUUGAAAGUAGGGCUCUGCUUCUGUUUGAAGUGGAUCAGUUCCCCAGUCCAGCUGGCUGCUCCCUCCUGGGCUGUGUGGGGCUGGGAGGGAGCAGGGCAGCUUCAGCCUGUGAAGUUACAGGCUCAGGUAUCUUCAGAUUGAAGUUCCCUUACGUUUCCUGCACAUCCAGGUGUGCUGGAGAUGGGAACACAGCAGCAAAAGCAGUCAGUGAAACACUGUGAAGAGGGACUUUGAUUCAUCUCUGCCAUCCUUCACUCUUUUCCCUAAUUUCUGAGUGUGAGUUGAGUUCCCUGUGCAGAGGUGGGGAUACAAGGAGCUGUUCCAGGAGCUUCAGAGCCAGCUGAAGCCAUGAGGCCACUGCCAGAGCACAGUGUCCCUGUGCUCACAGAAAAUGAGCAUUUUCUCUGCAGUCAGAGCAGUUUUCAGUUCUUGCAGUCACAGGAACCACUGGAUUUCAGUAGUUAGGGAAGUUAGAAGUUAGCAAAAACAGAACUCAUGCUCUUGAGUCUCCAAGCCAGAGGAGGAGGGCUGGGCAGGACAUGUGUAAGCCUGAUUUCAAUUCCCUCUGUCUUACACAGCUACAAGAAUGUGAGUUUAAAGGAUUUUUUUUGUUAAAUACCCCUUACGAAGUCUGCCAUGGGGGUGAAUAACGAGCAGGUACACCUGAGCAGUGUGUAAACCCAGAGUAACUUGCUGCUGUUAUGGUAAGAGGCAACACCAAAUCUCCCAUAACACAGGAGCAAGAUGGGGCUGUGACUCCCACAGUGUCUAGUGCAGGGACACUUUGGUCUCCUGGCAUUGGGGAACAGUAAAUCAAAUUUUUGUGUUCGUGGAUGAAAGUAAACAAAAGCCCUUUAAUGCUGCUGUAGGUUCCCUGUGGGCCUGUCUGCAGCACUGGCCUGAGGAGCUGAACUGGCUCCCCUUUGUUCUGCCCUCCUCUCCCUUUUCCUCCUUGGCUUUUGUGCCUCCCUGGCUCCUCUCAGCCCCCAGGCUCUCCAGGCAGUGCUCAGCUGGGUGCUCAGCUGGUCUCCAGCUGUCUGGAACCUGCCACUGAAAGCCAAAGCCUUAGCACAGAGUUUGCUUAAAAACGUGUGUCACAGACUUGGGCUGUGACCCUGCUGUGAGAGCUCCUGCCCCUGGAAGGCACCAAGAACAUACACAUGGUGUAAGUGCUGAGAGGUCCCUGCAGCUCAGCAGACACUAUCCAUGUCCCAGAGCAGGGUAAUUCCAUGGGCACAGCCUCCCUGUGAUGUGGCACAAGCCUGGGGAGGUCCCCAUACCCCCUGGGCACAGCAGAGCAGUGCCAGCCCAGCUCCCUGUGCUGGGGACACCCAGCAGUGACAGUUCCCUGUUCUCCCACUGACGGUUCCCUGUUCUCCCAGUGACCAUUCCCUCUUCUCCCCAGUGACCAUUCCCUGUUCUCCCAGUGACCAUUCCCUCUUCUCCCCAGUGACCAUUCCCUGUUCUCCCAUGACCGUUCCCUGUUCUCCCACUGACCAUUCCCUGUUCUCCCAGCAGCACAGCGACUCAGACUCAGAGCCGGAGUUCUCCUCCCUGUCUCCCUCCAUCCCCAGCGCCAUCCCUGUGACAGGAGAGUCCUUCUGCAACUGUGAGAGCCAGAGUGAGGCCCCGUUCUGCUCCAGCCUGCACGCCCUGCACCGUGUCCGCGACUGCCGCUGCGGGGAGGAGGACGAGUAUUUCGACUGGGUGUGGGAUGACCUGAACAAGUCGACGGCCACCCUGCUGACGUGUGACAACCGCAAGGUGAACUUCCACAUGGAGUACAGCUGCGGCACCGCCGCCAUCCGCGGCAACAAGGAGCUGGCGGACGGGCAGCACUUCUGGGAGAUCAAGAUGACCUCCCCGGUGUAUGGCACUGACAUGAUGGUGGGAAUUGGGACGUCAGAUGUGAAUCUGGACAAGUACCGCCACACGUUCUGCAGCCUUCUGGGCAAGGACGAGGACAGCUGGGGACUGUCCUACACAGGUCUGCUGCAUCACAAGGGAGAUAAAACAAACUUCUCUUCGAGGUUUGGCCAGGGCUCCAUUAUUGGGGUGCAUUUGGACACGUGGCACGGGACGCUCACGUUCUUCAAGAACCGCAAGUGCAUCGGGGUUGCGGCCACGAAGCUGCAGAACAAGAAGUUUUACCCCAUGGUUUGCUCGACGGCGGCCAAGAGCAGCAUGAAGGUGAUCCGGUCCUGUGCCAGCUGCACGUCCCUGCAGUACCUGUGCUGCUUCCGCCUGCGCCAGCUCCUGCCCGACUACGUGGACACGCUGGACGUGCUGCCCCUGCCCCCGGGACUCAAGCAGGUGCUGCACAACAAACUGGGGUGGGUCCUGAGCAUGAACUAUAGCACGUCGAAGCCUUCGUCCUCCUCCUCCUCAGGGAGUGACUCGGACAGCUCCUGCUCGGAUGCUGAGGCCUGUCAGAGGAAGAGGUGCAGGAGGACAUAAUGUCUCUGGGGGUAGGGGUUUGUUCCCCCUCUGGGCCUGAUGCACCUCUUCCUUCAUGGGGACAUCCAUUGCUACUUGUUGGCAAAGAUUUCCCUUACGCUGUGGAAAUCUUUGGCCUCGACAUCCAUCACAGGCAUUGAGAAGAGCUCUUGGCUCCAAGAGGUGCCAGCUCUGACACAGGAAAACAACGGUCAAAUAUCUGAGCUUCAUCUCCUGACGUGCUAUCAAAGCCAGCGCCUCUUCCUGAAGGAUCCUUCUUCUCCCUCUUGGCACAGAGAGGAUUUAACAAGUUGGACUCGAUGAUCCUUGUGGCUCCCUUCCAGCUCAGGAUAUUCUGUGAUGAUUAAGGCAGACUCACAGUUUUAAAGUGUACUGGAUUCCAGUCAAGUAACGGCCCUGACUUGUCAAGGCCAGCCCUCUCCUCCUCCCCAUGUGUAGUUUGGUGUCUGCCAUGAACUCGUCCCUCUCUGGCCCGGUGGAGCAGCCCCAGUGCAGGGAAAGGGCCCCAGAGGCGCUGCUGUGUGAGUGGGGACAGGGCUGGGCUGGGGGUUCCUCCAGCCCCUGUGACUUUAAUUGCUUUGCAUGUUGGUUCCUGCUGCUUCUCCUCUGUCCGAGACUCUGUUAAACUGUAACAAUAAAAGUAGAAACUGUCUGUG